CAUCCGCAGUGGUGGUAAUUUAUUGUUUGAGUCCAGUUCAUAAGCGUGUAAAACGAAUGAUUUCGAAAAGAAUAAAAGUCGAAAAGUGACUCAUGUGGAUGUCAAAAUGUCACGGAAGUAUUUUAUUAUUUGUUUGUUGUUUUCCUUGUGGACAAUAGUCCAGACGACUUUGCAUCUGCUUUUCGUCAUUUAUUCCUAUUAUUUGAGCAUUUGUCGGAAUUCCCCCACUGAAAGUACCACCAUAUUUUUUUACCUCACUUAUUUAUACAACAGCGAUUGCCCAACCCCCAAAAUCGAGGCCCCAAAUCCACUCGAUUCCUACGUAACGAAACUUUUUAACAGUAUUUUGAUUGACAAUAACCCCACUUUGGACGCCAUCGUCAGAGAAUUGCUCGAAAAGGUCCACUUGUUUCCAGAUCAUGUUUCAGCCUCUUCCAGAAUUUCAGUAUUCCUGCUGUGUUUCAUCAUUCUGGAUGGCACUUGGGUGAUUUCAGCAAUGGCCCUUUUAAUGGGCACUUGUUUUGGGAUAAAAGAAUCAUUAUCGUUGGUGUUUUACGGUCCUUAUUUGAUUUUGACUGUUUGUGUUUGUCUUUUUGACGCCGCCGCUAGUGUCCUUUUCGGCUUAGACAUUUCUGAAACUACUAAUUUCACAAACUGGAUGUCUUUUGUGGGCAUCACCCAACCUUCUCUCUUGGACCUUGACUCCAAGAACCCCCCCUUCCUCCUCUCCGCCACCCCCUCCAUCGCUCUCUCUUGCGUCAGCAGCCGCUUCAUCUUAAUCUGGAUCUCCAAUUGGGUGGGUUUCAUCCUUGUCAUCAAAGCCACCAUCUCUGUCUAUCACGAAUCGUACAAAAACGAAAGACCGAAUCCGAAUCGUGUGAAUCUAGACACCUCAGCUGAUCGAAUCCGAAACUGGCAGUUGUUUUACGGUACUGUAGACACCACCAGGAGUAGUGGAAGUGGUAAAAGUGACAAUAACAAUAAGAAUCUCAYUAAUSAAGGWGAGGAUUCGGGGGAGUUUUACGCCUACUCGGAUGUGGCAGUGGUGGAGGAGUUGAGGGGGCAGCUGCCGUGGAGGUAUAUUGAGGAGGAUGAGGGGAGUAAGGAGGAGAUACGGAUUGAGUUGGAGAAAAGGAGAAUGAAGAGGCUUGCGUCUGACACUUCAUCCACUUCUGGAACGGAGCUUUAAUUUA